CUGCUUUUACUGCAUUCGAACCCUCUCGCAUAGACAACUCUCAAAAAACUAUCAUUCAGUGAGGAGUUGAAUGCGGGACCAUGAACGUGUCGGCCUGGAGGUAAUAUCCUUUUAUAAUGUUGUUCACCUCCAGGUUAUGUCUUACGUCACGUCUAGAAUGGAGGAAUAUUUUGAUGACCCUCUGCUCUUCAAUCCUGAUCGUUUCAAGCCUUCCGAGGACGGAUCAUUGCCUAGACAUCUAUAUGCAUACUUUCCGUUCUCUAUGGGGCAACGAUCUUGUAUUGGUCAACAGUUUGCACUGAUCGAGGCUCGUGUCAUCUUAGCUAAGCUUCUCCAACGAUUCGAAUUUAGACUAGAGCAAUCGCAGAGUAUGGGUAUCCUGGACGAACUAACGGCCAAGCCAAUGGGGAGAUGCAGGAACUACGUCACACUAAGAGCCUAGGCUCACAGCCAUUUAAGCCAGCUGCCAUCACACCAAGAGCCGAAACCUUCGUCAAGAUAGGUCGCGGUAAACCGAGGCGAUUUGAUUUUAAUGACGCAAGUGUCAUAUAGUUCCAGGCGCGGAUCCA